AUGAAGCACCUUGCAGCAUACCUCCUCCUUGGCCUCGCCGGCAACUCCGACCCCUCUGAAGACGACAUCAAGGGCGUUCUCUCCUCUGUCGGGAUCGACGCAGACGAGGAACGUCUCUCCAAGUUGCUCGAAGAGUUGAAGGGCAAAGAUAUCAAUGAGUUGAUUGCUGAGGGCUCAACCAAACUCGCCUCUGUGCCAACUGGCGGUGCUGGUGGUGCUGCCGCCCCCGCUGCCGGUGGUGCUGCGGCUGGCGGUGGUGCUGCCGCUGAGGAAGAGAAACCAGCCGAGAAGGAAGAGGAGAAGGAAGAGUCUGAUGAGGAUAUGGGCUUCGGUCUGUUCGACUAA